GAGGUUGUUGACUCAACAUUCUGGCACAUAGUGAGUGAUGAGCUCGAGAAAAUCAAUGCUUCACCUUUGGGGGAGCAUCAUGGUAUCUCAAAUUCCAAAAAUGAUGACAUAUUAUGGGAGUAUGAUCACCUUUGUUUUGAAAUUGAAAGUGAAGAUCUUAUGAUGGAAAUGGAGAGGAUACUUUACAAAGACAUUAAAGAGGAAAAGAUCCGUAGAGAGUUGGAGUUGAUUGAAGAAGAAGAUGAAUACUUGGCUCGAGCAGUCUUUGAACACAUGCAGAUUAAUGAUGAUCAGGUGCAUUUUUAUUGUGCUGUUGCUACUUUAAUGCUAGAUAAUGUUCUAGCCAUUUGUUUGUGGUUCCUGUAGUUCUUUGUAAAAAUU